AUGAGUCGAUCUGAAGCUGGUGCUCAAGGCGCAAACUUUCCAGCAAGUGGUGGAUCUUUGGGAAUACUUCAUUUCAUUAUAAAUCAAUACGAGCCAAAACAAGCUGUGAAAUAUUUUGGUAGCAAUUAUGAAGCUUUCAAGAAAGAAGCUGAAAUACUUCAAAAACUCGAGCAUACAAAUAUUGUUCGCUUUAUUGAUGGCCAAUUUGAUGAGGAGAAUCUUUAUGGUAUUGUGAUGGAAAGAUGUGAACAAGGAUCUCUUGCUAGAGAUACGAGAGGAAAUCUUUCUUGCCGCGUG